AUGGGUGGUUUCAGGUUAACUCGCCAGGAACAUGAACUUACUUUCCUCUAUAACACUGUUGUUACGGAGUGUCAUGACUUUUCUGGACAUACAUUUGGUUUUGAGUUUGUUGAUUAUCAGUCUAUUAUCUCAUUAGUCCAUCCUGAAAACACUUCUAUUGAUGUUAUUGGAUUAGUGGUUGCAAUUGGUGAGAUGGGGCGAGACAAUAAUGAUAAAAAAAACACAGGCUCAACAUCCAAAUCCAAGAUACAAAGUUUUGGUUUGCAAUUGAGUGUCAAUUUGUGGGGUGAUUUUGCUUACAAAAUGCAACACUUUAUUGAUAACAAUCCACACAAUCUUCAUAUCAUUGUUAUCCUUCAAUUUGCAAAACUUAGUAUUUGGAGAGAUCGUCCCACGGUUAACACCUACUUUUCUGUGUCAAAGUUGUUCAUUAACACUGACAUUGAUGAAAUCAAUGUUUUUAAGAAAAGUUUGGAUGGAGAUGAUCGUCCUGAUUCAUCCGCGAAUACAUUCACACUCAUGAAGUCUAAUAAAGUUUCUGAACAUGAUGAUUUCAUGGUUAAGUUUCAGUUGAAGACUAUUGCUGAUGUUUCGGAACCCGUAGAUAAAAAUUAUUUCAUUAUCGUGGGCACUAUAAAGGGAAUUCUACAAAAUGAACAAUGGCAUUAUUUGGCAUGUUCAAAUUGCAACUACAGAGCAAUUCGGCCUCCAGGUGCAGACGAGAAGCCUGAUUUUGAUGGAUCACUUGGAGGUUAUGAAUGUCAUAAUAAUGAGUGCACAAAAACCGAAACUUCAGGCGUUCCAAGAUUUAUGAUUCAGGUACGUGUUCAAGACAAUACCGGUACUAUUACCCUAACCAUGUUUGAAAGAGAUGGAAAGUAUCUUUUGAAGAAAUCAGCGAAAGAACUGUUUGAUAAAGCAGUCAAGCUUGGUUUUAGUACUCAUUUGUAUCCCGGAGAGAUAAAUGCACUUAAAGGUUUGAAGUUGGCUUUUAAAAUAUCAAUCAAUCGCUUCAAUGUCUCGAAAAAGAACAACCAAUACGGUAUAUGUAGAGUCAGUGAUGAUGAAAAGUUGAUUGAAGAACUGGAAAAUAAGUUUACCAACUCACGGGUAGGUAAUUCACAGUCAUUUGAUAUUGGUGAAGCCGAUACUGAAACACAAGAUAAUAGGAUUUUGAAGGAUGCAAUAUCUGGUACGGACGACAACAUAACACCUAUCACUGUUGAUAAAAACUCAGCAACAAGUCUUAUGAAGGGUUUGAAUACACCAACAGUUUUGAAGAGAAAUCUCGAAGAAGUAUUUGAUUUGGAGUUAAAUGAAAAAUUAUUAUUAUCAAAAACUCCUAAGAUAUCUCCAGAAGGACGCAUUAACCAGUUAGUAGUGAAGGUAAAGUUGGAAAAAAAUGGUUAA